AUGACGACAUCAGAGACCGCUGACAACGAAGUCAGACGGCAAAGAAUCAGGUCGGUCUGCGAGGAGCACAGGUCGAGUCGUCUGCAUCACCCUUCUCCCGGUUUCGGCAAGCACCUACCCUCGUUGCGGCGGGAGGAUAUCCACUGCUACCCCGACCAGUGCCCGGUGUUCGUGGACGACUCGCGAUCGCUCGCGUUCUGCUUCAUCGACAAGGUGGCCUCCACCAGCCUGAAGACGCUGUUCGCGAAGCUCCUCAAUGUCACAGUGAUCGGAAACGAGAGUGACGCCCUGCACUGGUCCUUCCACUCGCAGACACUCCGGUUCGGCCCCAGGACUCUUCUAGGUGGCGAAAGGAAGGACUACUUCAAGGCACGUAUGGGCUUCAUCACGCCUUUUUUUUUAUUUUAUCAAAGGGACACCAAUGCUACUUUCGGACGCCCUUCGUACGCAAUGGCCGAAACUGAUUCGGACGACGUGGCGGCCGUCUCCGAGGUCCCUCACCCGUGGCUGUUGCACCCAUCCACUUGUGACAUAGUUGUGGGCCUCCAUCGAUUUGCACUGUUCGUGAGGCACCCGUUUGAGCGACUCGUGUCCACCUACAUCGACAAGGCGCUCAGAAGUCGAGAGGAGAUCGCGUGGGCCUACAGUAGCUACUGGGACAAGAUCCCCGGGGUGAAGGCCGAGAACCGCAGCCCCACGUUCGCGGAGUUCGUCGACUUGGUGCUCGCGAUGCCCGUGGAAAAUUCUGACACGCACUGGUCGCCGUACUACCACCGCUGCCAGCCCUGCCUCGUGGACUACGACUUCAUCGGCAAGUUGGAGACGGCCAACAGAGACUUCCCUCUGUUCUUCUCGCUCGUGGGUAUCGAAGAUCAGGCGGCGUCCCUCCAUCACGACAACAGACGCGAGAGCGUCAGCGGCGCACACCGAAUCGACUCCAAGUACUACUUCGCGCAGCUGUCAUUCGAGCAGGUCAUGAGGCUGUACGCCCGGUACUUCUACGACUUCGCGUUAUUCGGCUAUGAAUUUACUGACUACCUGACCUGAACGCGUCAGUGCCGCGUGUCUUCAGUGCGUUCUCAAGAUCGUCACAUUGUGUAAAAC